AUGGCUGAGAGAGCUGAUCUUCUGGAAUACCUGAACUGUCACAUUUGUUCAGAGACUUUCAAUGAUCCUGUAACUCUGAGCUGCAACCACAACUUCUGUUCAAGCUGCCUGCAGAAGUUCUGGGAACAAACUCUGAACAAAAACUGUCCCAUCUGUAAAAGAAAAUCAUCUAAAGAUUUUCCUGAUGUGAACUUCAGCCUGAAGAAACUUGCUGACUCGUUUGCUGAAAGACAUAAAUCUGAAUCAUCAGAGAUAAAAACAGGAGAGCAGAAGAUCAUGGAGGUCUGCAGGAAACAUUCAGGAGAAACCAAUCUCUUCUGUAAAGACGAGCAGAAAGCUUUUUGUUCUGUCUGUGAGUUUUCUCAGCACCAGAGUCACAAAGUGGUUCCUGUAGAAGAAGCAGUCAGAGAGCUGAAGGAGGAGCUGAAAUCGGACUUCAAGUCUCUGCAGGACAAGAAGAUGAAAUACAAAGAAUUCCUGAAGGAGGAAGAGGAGUCCAGACUGGCAGCUCUGAGGGAGGAAGAGGAGCAGAAGAGGGAGACUGUGAGCAGAGAGAUGAAGAGGAUCCAGGAGCAGAUGUCCUCUCUGUCAGAAAGUAUCAGUGCUGUUGAAGCAGAGCUGCAGAAAGACAAGGAGGCGUUCCUCAGCAGUUCUAAAGACUCUCAGAGCAGAGCCAGAGCACAGAGCUCGCUGUCAGACCCACAGCUGCUCUCAGGAGCUCUGAUAGAUGUGGCCAAACAUGUGGGCAACCUGUCCUUCAGAGUCUGGGAGAAGAUGAAGGAGAAGGUCCACUUCAGUCCCGUCCUCCUGGACCCAAACACUGCAUACAGAUUCCUUUAUCUGUCUGAUGAUCUGACCAGUGUGAGAAAUGGAGAAACUUCCUAUCAGCAGCUUCCUGACAAUCCAGAGAGAAACAUGGAAUAUACUUCUGUUUUUGGUUCUGAGGGAUUCAGAUCAGGGAAACACAGCUGGGAGGUGGAGGUGGGAGAUCAUCCUGACUGGAACAUUGGUGUGGUUAAAGAGUCUGUUAACAGGAAGGGAAAGAGGUUUGCUUCACCAGUAGAUGGAAUCUGGUGUUUAUUACACCGUGAUGGAAAAUACACAAAUGGUGACGGUAAGACUGUCACUGUGACCAAGAGUCUCCAGAAGAUCAGAGUCCAGCUGGACUAUGACAGGGGGGAGGUGUCCUUCUACAACCCUGAAGACAUGACUCACAUCUGCACUCACAAACACACUUUCACUGAGAAACUUUUACCAUAUUUCGGUGUUGCAAAAUCUGGAGAUGCAAAAACUUCUGAACUCCAAAUCUGUCCGACUGACUGA